AACACAUUUUCGUCUUCGUUUAGCAUUCUGGCAGAGCUAAGGACACCUAAAAAAGUUAAAUCCAAUCGCGUUCAUUGACGGAGAUCGUUUACAUCGUAACGGCCGUCUGAACUCUCUGGAUCGAGCUUGAAGUGGUAAGGCAGUACAGACACCAUCGUUUAUAGAGAAAUAUAGCGCUUGUUUACGUUGCAUGUGACUCUCAGUCAGAACCGGAAAAUCCACGCGUAGUCAGGGGCGUAACCUUUCAAACACACGCCGAACCCAGUUGACCAAUAACAGUUGAGUAGUCAUUUGACCAAUCCGAAUACACUAGACAUUUUGGGAGGCGGAGACAGGAACUAAAUCCGAGCGUUUUCCAGACAUGCAGAAAUCGGUGAGGUAUGUAAGCAAUUUAUAAGACUCACAAGGCAUUAGUUCAAGUUUUAAUAACAUGUAUGUACUAUGGGAUAUUACAAUAACGUGCUAACGUGCUAAUUUAUUAGCAUAAUUGGUGCUCUUUAAAUCGCUAUCAUGUACCUUCUCUGGAUCUGUUCCACAUUUUUUCUGUUAUAAAUAAAUAAAUAACCUUGUGUUUUAUUACACUGCUUGUGUUGUUCUAAUUGCUUCUAUUGUUAACUUUAUUUGUAAGUUGCUUUGGAUAAAAGCGUCUGCUAAAUGAUUAAUUGAAAUGUAUGUAAAUGUAUUUAAGUUAAAAAAAUAAACAAUCUCUGAACCAUAGUGGGACUGGGAACUCUCAAACUCUUGGUUAAUGUAAAGUAGUUUGUUUAGAUGACUCUGUUUCAGAUAUUUGGACAUGUUUUGGACAAGCAUUCAAGUUGCAGAGACAACAAAAUAAUCUUUGUUAAGAACAUAAUUUAUUCAGUAUACACAAAAUAAUAAAAUGACUCCAACUAAAAAUUGUGUUGUGUUGAUGUUAAGGCAUCAGAUAUGUUUAUGUUCUGUAUCAGUUGGCUUGGUCUGAAAAUCUCUAUAAUUGAAUCAUAACCAUGUGCUUUCACUAAACUGCAGUUAUAGUAUACUCAAAUAGAAAUAUGGUGUUAUUUUACCCAAUUACUUUUCAUUACUUGAGGAUUUCUUACCACAGAUUGUACUGUAUAUGUUCAUGUAUUUUUACUGUGUAGCUGUAAUAUACUUUGUAUUUACAGGUCACCCCGGUUGAAAGUGUUGAAGGACACAUGCCUCCAAGCUAUGAAGAGGCAAAUGCAGGAUGUCCUGGUUACUAUGGUGAUGGAUCAUUUUCCUGGGACAAUAUGUACAUUAGACAAAUCUUUAUAAGAAAGGUUUAUUCGAUUUUGAUGCUGCAGCUCUUUACAUCAAUGGCAGUCAUUGCUCUCUUUACAUUCUAUACUCCAGUAAGGAUGUAUAUUCAAACACAUCCCGUUUUAUACUCCAUAUCCAAUCUUCUGUUUCUUGUCACUUAUAUCUCAUUGGCUUGCUGUGGUGAUUUAAGGAGGCAGUUUCCCUGGAAUCUCAUUCUACUUACAAUUUUUACACUGAGCAUGGCUUGCAUGUUGGGCUUUAUUUCCAGUUUCUACAAUACAAAGUCUGUAGUGCUUUGUGUUGGUAUCACUGCUGUGGUUUGUUUGUGUGUCACCAUCUUUAGUUUUCAGAGCAAGAUUGAUGUCACAUCAUUCCAAGGCAUUCUCUUCAUUCUGUGCAUGGUUAUGUUUUUCUGUGCUAUUGUAAUGGGAUUGAUAGUUCCCUUUGGCUAUGUCCCUUGGUUACAUGCCGUCUAUGCCAGCAUUGGAGCUGUUGUUUUCACCAUGUUCCUGGCCUUUGAUACACAGCUGCUGAUGGGAAAUAAGCAAUACAGCAUAAGUCCUGAGGAAUAUAUCUUUGCAACUCUAAGUCUCUAUUUGGACAUUAUGUAC